AUUGAAAUUAUACUUUAGUUAUGAUUGUUUGCCUCUUCGAUUUGAGUUGUAAAAUUUAAACUGCCGCACCCAGGAUAGCAAUACGAUUGGUGGAAAAUUAACCAAUCACAUCGAGCGACGAGCGAUCUAUUCUGAUUACAUUCUAUUCUAGAGGAUAUUUGGGGAUGCAUGCGGGAUAGGAUUAGGGUAGUUAAUGGGUAAAUAAUGUCGCAAUUCGAAAACCAAUAUUUGUUUACAAACAAACAAGUGUCCGAAGUAUUAUGUGAACAUCCAAAUAUUCAUAUGUAGUAUGUCACUUUACAUUCCCGAUAUUGAAUCUGAAAAACCAGAUGCAAGAUGUGGACAUAUAUGUUUUGAGUUUAGAGGAAACGUUUACGUUUGGGGUGGAUAUACUGAUGAUGAUGGUUGCAGAUACCUUCCAAGUCGUUCUUUGUGGAUAUAUCAUGUGAACUCUUCUUCCUGGAAACAUGUUCAUUGUACUGGUGAAAUUCCUGUAAAUUUGAGUGGAGCAUGUGCAUCAAGGGUUGGACAGACUUUGUUUAUUUUCGGCGGACAUUGUCUAGAUUUUGGACACUCUGAAAAACUGUAUUCCUUGGAUCUGGUCACAUACAAAUGGAAAAAUCAGUCGGACUCUGUUUUAGGCAAUGCACCACUUCCCCGAGACAAGUUUGGCUCAUGGGUUAUAGACGACAGGAUAAUCUAUUUCGGAGGAUAUGGUCGGUCGCCAGACAAAGCAUAUUAUGGCCCCUUUACCUACCACGAGCAUAUGAGAGGAUGGAAUGGGCAAGUGGCUGUUCUUCAUUUACAAGCAGAUGACGUGUUAGAAUGGAAAUACCCAAAAGUUAAAGGCGACCCACCUCAGCCAAGAGCCGCUCACGGCAUGACAAGAAUUGGAAAAAAAGGUUAUCUGUUUGGUGGACGACAUUCGGUAUGCCGUGAUAACGACCUGUAUUGCUUAGAUUUGGACAACCUAACCUGGUCAGGACGUCUGCAGGUCAGCGGUCCUCAACCAUGUGGUCGGUCAUGGCACGUGUUUGUCACAUGCGGUCCAGAACAUAUUCUGCUUCACGGAGGUUUUGAUGCAUUUAACAGAGAAUUAGAGGAUGCGUGGUUGCUAGAUGUCAACCGUUUGGAAUGGAUUGAGAUUGACGCGUUUACAAAAAUAAGACCGCCCAAAACAAGGCUAUGGCAUGCUGCAUGUCGAACGGAAAACGAAGGAGAAAUCGCGAUAUUUGGUGGAAGUGCCGGUCAGUUUUUUGGGCCAAAUACUCGUCACACGAAUGAAUUAUUCUUUUUCAAUUUUACUCCGAGAAGUCUUCAAAGGCUUUGCGAGGAAGUCGUAAAAACCAGGGGAAAUGAUGCAUUUCAACUGGGUAAACUACCCAGGCACAUUGGAAGGAACUUGAAACCGCGAAGUCGCUCACAUGAGCGUUAAAAAUCGUACGAAUAAAUGCUGUGCUUCUCUUAAAUCAUUCGUUAAGAGAUGGAUUGUUGUGUUUUACAAACGGGUUUGUCAAUCAUGUACAACAAUAUGGACAAAAAACAGUACAACUUCUUCGAGACGUUUGACCCUCUGAAAAAUAAUGCAACUCUUGCAAAUAAGAAAUCAUUAUUGGAUGAGUUGCGCCGGGCGAUGUUGAGAAUUUUCAAGGCCCAGGUUGGUGUUAUCUGCCGAAGCCGAUACCACACACGAAAAAGUAGAUUAUUCAACAUUUCAAUAUUGAUAAUAGUCACGGCAAAG